AAGUGCUGUCAAGCUGUUGUACUCAUCUCUCUGUCUCAGAGUACAUGCAGUAAAAUGGCAGAAGCCAGCAUUUCAGUGGCUCAUGAGCAGUUCAGCUGUUCUAUCUGUCUGGAUCUACUGAAGGAUCCAGUGACCAUUCCCUGUGGACACAGUUACUGUAUGAACUGUAUUACAAACUUCUGGAAUCAGGAUGAUCUGAAGGGAGUCUACAGCUGCCCUUGGUGCAGAAAAACCUUCACUACAAGACCUGCUUUGGGAAAGAAUGUGGUGUUUGCUGAAAUGGUGGAGAAACUGAAGAAGACAAAACUCCAAACUGCUGUUCCUGCUCACUGUUAUGCAGGAGCUGGAGAUGUGGAGUGUGACAUCUGUAGUGGAAGAAAACACAAAGCUGUCAAGUCCUGUCUGGAGUGUCUGAACUCUUACUGUCAAAAUCACCUUGAACAACAUGAGAAUUUCUUUCGAAAUAAGAGACACAAUCUGAUGGAUGCUACCAAACGAUUCCAGGAGAUGAUCUGCCGUCAACACAAUAAGCUCCUGGAGGUUUUUUGUCGUACUGAUCAGAAGUGUAUCUGCAUGUUGUGCACCAUUGAUGACCACAAAAACCACGACACUGUAUCAGCUUCUGUCGAGAGGACUAAAAAACAGAGUCACUUGGAGGAGACACAGAAAAAAUACCAACAGAGAAUCCAGGAGAGUGAGAAAAAGAUUGAGGAGUUGAGAAGAGCUGUGGAGUCUCACAAGUGCUCUGCACAGACAGCAGUGGAGGACAGUGAGAGGAUCUUUACUGAACUGAUGCACUCCAUUGAGAGAAGACGCUCUGAGGUGACACAGCUGAUCAGAGAUCAGGAAAAAGCUGCAGUGAGUCAAGCUGAAGGACUCUUGGAGCAACUGGAACAGGACAUUACUGAUCUGAGGAGGAGAGACGCUGAGCUGGAGCAGCUUUCACACACACAUGAUCACAUCCAGUUCCUGCAGUCUUUCUCUGCACCUCCUGGAUCUCCAGUCUUACCCAACAUCACUGUCAGUUCUCUUCUGUCUUUUGAUGAAGUGAUAAAAUCUGUCUCUCAACUGAAACAACAACUGGAGGAUUUCUGUAGAGAACACAUGGAAAAGAUAUCUGACAGAGUAACAGACAUUGAAAUUAUCACUGAUGAACCCAAGACCAGGAAUGAAUUUCUACAAUAUUCCUGUCAGUUCACAGUGGAUCCAGACACAGUGAAUAAACAUCUCCGUCUGUCUGAAGGGAACAGAGUGAUUACUUACACUGACACACUCCAGCAGUAUCCUGAUCACACACACAGAUUUGAUUUUUAUCCUCAGGUGUUGUGUAGAGAGAAUGUGUGUGGACGCUGUUACUGGGAGACUGAGUGGAGUGGGAGUUUUGGUGUGUUUAUAUCAGUGUCAUUUAAGAGCAUUAGCAGGAAGGGAUAUGGUGGUAAGUGUGGAUUUGGACGAAAUGAUCAAUCCUGGAGUUUGUUCUGUUCUCCCUCCACUUACACAUUCAGGCACAAUGACAUAAAGACUGAUCUCUCUGUCUCCUCCAGCUGUUGUAGAAUAGGAGUGUAUGUGGAUCACAGUGCAGGAACUCUGUCCUUCUACAGCGUCUCUGACACACUGACCCUCAUUCACAGAGUCCACACCACAUUCACUCAACCUCUAUAUCCUGGGUAUUUAGUUAAUCAGGGAUCAACAGUAAAACUGAGUAAUGUAAAAUAAUAGAUAAUACAGAGAUUCUACAAAUAAUACUGUCAUAUCACAGGUGUGAGAAGAAUUAUAAAUCACUAUAAUGGCAAUGAGUGAGUCUCUUUCACUCGUUGAUUCAUUUCGUAUAGUGAAUGUCAUCUAGUCAGGACCACACAAAAUUUGCUCCCACAGAUUUCUGCAAAGUUUUAACACCUGUCAUUAAAUUCUUAC